AAUGAUGCAGAGAAUUGCCCUGCUAUUGUUCUGCUGCCUGUUACUUUCAGCGACAUCUUCCCCAGUCUAUCCACUGAGGUUUGGUCAGAGAGCGGCUACGAUACUGAUGACCUCCUCUAUUGAGGAUCCAAUGCAGUUGCCAGCAGACACUUCAUCCAAAACACCAGACGCUGAGUUUAGGUUUGGGAGACAUGCUGACGCCAUCUUUACCAACAGCUACCGAAAAGUUCUUGGUCAAAUAUCUGCCAGAAAAUUCCUUCAAACUGUUAUGGGCAAAAGACUUGGACCAGAAACUCAAAACUAUGUGAAACGCCACUCUGGCAUAUAUGGAGACACCUUCAAUCAAGAUGUGGAUAUGGAUGUAAUUGAAAGAGAACAAAGUUACAGAGAACCACAAAGACUUAAGUUCUCAGUAGUUACACAAUGAUUAAAGAUUAAUCAUUAGUCAAUAAACUGUGAACAAUCUUUAUACUUACAUUUGCCACAUUUCACACUGGAUUAUUAAAUCUCAGUUCAGCCUUCAUAAAGUUUUCUGUGCACUGUGUAUUUUUACAGCCAAUGUCCAGAAGGUCUGCCACAGAAAUCAGGA